GGUAACUUUUAAUGCCAGAAAUUAUUUUGUCAGAUGUUUUUGAAACUGGACACAACUCAUCCCAUCCUUUCAAGUAUCUCCGAUGGUCUACCUCAGUUUGACUGAAAGCUACAUUGUAUUGAAUACCAAAAUAUGUGUGUCUAGACGUUAGGUGUAUCUUCAUCAGGCUGGUUUAUGUGUUCAUAUGCUCAAAACAGAACACAAAAACUGAGGAAGAAGGAAAAAGAGGAAUUAGCACUUAAAUCCUGUUUAUCCAGUCUGAUAUCUGCUUUAAUGUCUUAAAAAAGAAGCUACCCAGCUACAUAAAGCAUUGGAGGUGUAAAUGUUUUCACAUGAAAGUACACAAGCAACAAAAGCAGGAGCAUUUGAUCCUUUUUAACUCAGAAUGAAGACACACAAGAAGGAAUCAUUGAUUUGAUUGGAUAUUAAAGAAAAAAGGAAAACAACUGCCACUUAAUCGCUAGCUUUGCUCUUUGAAGCAGCUCAGAUGCACCAAUUAUCUUCCCAUUUUCUUUAUUUCACUGUAAAGGUGAGUGGGCGGAUGUAACAUAGAGGGUGAGAAAGAAGCAGACGGAAAGGGGGGUUGGCUGAGAGAGAGAGAGAAAGACAGAGAAAGAGAGAGAGAGAUCAGAGCAUACUCUGGCUUGGUUACGAUCAGACUGACUGCCGUGCUGUGAGAUCAUGUGAGCAGGUGAGCAGGAUUUUUGACCAUAUUUUGAUACUCCAGCCGGGAGGAAACAACAGUUUUCACCUGAUAUGGAAUACAAGAUUGUUCAGACGGAAACAGGUUUUUUGCUGAAGAAAUCAACUUGAAAAUACCAAGAGAUUUUGUUGUGAUUCUGGCCCCUGCUGACACAGCACGUAGGCCACUGAAGAGAUUUGGGAUUUGUGAGGGCAAACAAGCAAACAGAAAGGGAGUGAUUGACAGCUAUGGCCCAUGAACAAUUCUGAGUUUUUUCUGAAUAUUAUUUGGUUCUGAGGUGCAUAUUAAUGUACGUUAGCUGCUACAAGCCAAAACUACAUAGAGAUUAAAGUCAAAUUUUCACAAAGACAAUUUGUUUCACCAUAGCAUGUUUGCUUUCAUUUCAAGUUGUCCAAAGUGACACUUCUAUAUAGUAGAAUCAAUCAGAGAUAUUCGACUAAACAUCCCAGGUUCAGUCAUGCAUCCCAGGUCAGUCACCUUCGACCUCCCCAUACUGUUGGGUGUGCUCCUGUUUUGGGGACCUAUGGAGUCUAGGGGCCAGAAUGACACAGAGCCCAUCAUCCUUGAGGGGAAAUGCUUGGUCGUAUGUGACUCCACUCCUUCGUCCGAGCCCGCCGGUAACGCCCUGGGCAUGUCGGUCCGCUCCGGCUCCGGCCGGGUGGCCUUCUCCGCCAGCCGCCAGACCAACCACGAGCCCACGGACAUGAGCAACCGCACCAUGAUCAUCUACUUUGAUAAUAUUUUGGUGAAUGUGGGCACUCAUUUUGACCAAGAGAGCAGUGUUUUCCUGGCACCAAGAAGAGGCGUGUACAGCUUCAACUUCCAUGUUGUAAAGGCCUACAAUAGACAAACUAUCCAGGUCAGCUUAAUGCUGAACGGCUGGCCAAUGAUUUCAGCUUUUGCCGGGGACCAGGACGUGACCAGAGAAGCUGCCACUAACGCCGGCCUGGUGAUUAUGGAGAAGGGGGACAAGGCCUACCUCAGACUGGAGAGAGGCAACCUGAUGGGAGGCUGGAAGUACUCCACCUUCUCUGGGUUCCUGGUUUUUCCCUUGUGAGAAAGGCGGAGGGAGAGCAGGUUGAGGUGUUGGAAGGGUGAUAGAGCAGUAGUGACAACGAGUGAGAGAAAAAUGAAAAGUGGUAGGAGAAAAGGAAGGCUUCAAUCUUUAACUCUUUAUACAGUGCAUGAAAGGAUGUGUUUUGUGCAAAGGUGAGAUGAAGAUUGUGCAAAUUAAGAUAAUUCUCACAUGAAACCAAAAGAAAAGGACGGGAAAACAUUCAGCAAACAUGAUGUCUGUGGAUUUAAUUUGCUCUGUUUCUGUGUAGAAAUAUUUAUUGGGUUUGUAUAAGAGAUAUUUUAAUUGUGACAAAACUAUCAAGUAGCCAUGUGCAAUGUGGGCUUCUGUGCUAAGAGUAGAUUUUUUUUUUCAUUCAAAAUGUUUGAAAAACACUGCUAUGCUCCACAUGGCAUCCUGUCUAGCUAACAAACUUGCCCUUUAUUCUGCAGUGUCGUAUGACUGAUGCUCCUCUAUAUGCCUGUUAGUCUCCUGCAACAAAUGUUUAUUUACACAGAAAUUUCUAUUGAGGAGAAAAUAUUAAAAUAUUAUCAAAUAAAAA